AGAAGAAGUCGCCUCAACCCACACGUUACGCAGCUCCUGCUCGAUCCGCGGAAGUGCUCCCUCACCCCCACAUUCGCUCCACCCGCAGAGCUCAGCACCAGCUCCAUUGACGAGGCAUACUCCGACCGCUUCCCAGAUUAUCACUUUACCCAGUUCCCAGCCCCAGCCCCAAAUCCACCCCGAAAUCCAAACUUCACCCAGCCUCCCGAACCUGGUCCCUCCCUCCAUCGAAGCCAGAGCCAGCGCCAACCCCAACGCGACCGACUGACCCCUCGUCGCUCGAGAAAGAACUUGUUUGUGCGUCCUUCGUCCGGGCUGCUGGAGCGCAGUGCUUCUUUCAAGGAGAAAAACAUCUCUCAUCCCAUCUCUCAGCCUACCUCACCGCAGUUCCCUGCCUUGAACGAAGCCCGCAUUCACCCCGCUUACUCCGAGGCGCACUCUCCCGAUAAUCCACAUGAACCGCAUUCUGCUUCGCUAGCCUACCAACAGCAACAUUCGCAGCACCCGCAGCGAUUGUCGCGGGAAAACACCGAGUGGUCUCAGCAGCCGGGCCCGACGCAACAACACCCCGCACCAUUGCCGCUCGGGCGCUCCAGUACAGACCUGAGCCUCCUCGAGAAAUUGAAUCGCCCAUCCCCCACCGAACCUCCUCCAGAGUCAUCUCGUUAUCCGCCCGAGCAGAGCCAUCGGGGGCAGUCUCAUUCGCGUACCCAGCAGGAUCUGGGAUUGAGUGCUCGGCCCCCUUCCAGGCAGACCUACGAGCCGCUUUCACCAGCCCGACCGAACCAAUCUGAAGUUAUGCAGCAAUCACAGCAGCAACAGCAGCAGCAACAACAGCAGCAGCAGCAGCAGCAGGCUCAGGCCCAGGCUCAGGCCCAGCAGGCACCGGGUGAUCGUCCCUCGGGACAAGAUGGUAGUCGACGGGGCAGUACCACCCAACCUGUACCAGUGGUAGAGGGACGGACCACCCCUACGCCAAAUCGAGUGCGCGAAGAUCCCGAGAAUAUUGAUGUUCGCGCAUUGCUCCAGAAACAUGAAGAACUCCAAUCGAAAUACUCCAAAGUGAAGCGAUACUACUUUGACAAGGAAGCGCAGGUGCAACACCUCCAGAAUACAGUGGCGCAUCAGCGCAUGGCUGUAUCUCGCACAGUGCUCGACGACAAUGAGUAUGCAAACCGCUUCCAGCGACUAGAUGGAGCCAUCAAGGACCUCGCUUUUUCGGUGCGAAAGGACUGGCGGGGAGUCCCGUCAUGGCUACGCGGCUUAGUGACCGAUGAAGCAGUUUCAACAGGAACCAAGGAGAUGACCAGCGUGGGACGGGCUGUCAUUAGUCGGUGGUUGGCUGAGGAAUUGUUCCAUAAAUACUUUCAUCCAGGAUUGGAGAUUGGUCUCAGCGUACAACUUAAGAGCAUCGAGAUGAACCUCCGCCGGCAACAGAUGCGACCUGCCACGGAUGAAGACCGCGAGAAUGCUACUGCUCGCCUGUCGAACUGGCGUCGAACGACCUUUGACGGACUGGGCGAUAUGCUUGCAGACGCUGCUGCUCAGAAACACCGUGCGGAGCUCAUUGAGCAUUUGUCGGUAGAGCUGGCCUCGUUCCUGAGCUCGCAGGUGCAUGAGGCUGCGCUGCCGGGACUUGAGGCGGGCGUGCGCAUGAUCAUUGAGAAUAGCGUCAAUAUCGCCGAGAAGAUCCCACUCGAAGCUCGAGAUGUCUGUGUGGAGUACUUCCUUCCCAAUGUCACCUUUGCCGAUGGGUACAUGAAGGUGGAAGGGCAACUGCCGCCGCUUAGUCGUCAACCUCCACCUCCAGCUGACCACGAGCCCGACGAGGCCGCCGGAGUCGAAAGCGACUCGUCACCCGUAUCGAACUCGACUGGAGGGGGUGAUGGCACUGCAGCCACAGCCACACCUCGUGAAUCUAAGAAGAAGUCUGUCUUCGUGGCAAUCAUGGGCCGCAAAGGCAAUGAGCCCCGUCCCGCUGCCAACCACGCUCCCGAGGAGAAGAGCGAGCCGGUUGAAGGACCCGCGAGAAUUCGCUUCUCGUCCUUCCUGGCCGUCGAGGUACGCGGCAAGGGGCCAGCAACGGUCCUGGUACAGGCCCCAGUGUGGAUGAUGGAGUGA